GACACGCUUAUACAAUGGUUCUAGUUGAUAUAAUUGCCCGUUAUAAAAAAAGUCAAGGCUAUCAAGUUUACUUUCAAACUGGUAGUGACGAACAUGGGGAAAAAAUUGAAAAAAAAGCUAAAUCAUUAGGGAUUUCUCCUCAAGAUGAGGGCAAAGUUAUUAAUAAUAACCUUUGUCCGGCUCCUAAUUGUCAAACUGAACUGCGGAAAGUUGACGAACCAGCCUAUUUUUUGCGAGUUAGUAAAUAUUAUCCUAAGUUAUUAAAAUUUUAUUCGCAAAAUCCUAACUUUCUUUUACCUGCUAAUAUUAAAAAAGAAUUAUUUGAAAAUUUUCUCAAAAACGAUAUCCAAGCUAACGAAACACCCUUAGAAGCGGCCAAAAGGGAAGUUUUUGAAGAAACUAAUUUAGUAAUUGAAGAUUUAGAAAUAGUUGAAAAAGAAACGAUCGGGAAAAUUAAGUUCUUAGGAAUAAGCGAAGUCCAGGAAAUUAACUCUCAAGACCGGGAUGAAGGAAAGAUGAGUAAAAGUAAAGGUAAUGUUAUUGAUCCGUUGGAGUUAUUAAAAAAAUAUCCUUCCGAUUUGUUACGCACCUACUUUGUGGCUAAAAUCAACUUUCUGCAAGACGGGGUUUGCGAUGAAGAUUUAUUAAAAGAGUUUUACCAAGACUUUUUAGUAAAUAAUUUAAGUAAUUUAGUUUCUCGGGUCAACAAAAUGCUCCAACUUUAUCGGGAAGGAAUUAUACCUUCGCUAGAGAAGGAACCGAAAAAUGAAAAGUUAACAGAAUACAAGAAAAAGUGUGAAUUUACUGUAAAAGAAUUUCAAAAAAAAAUGGAUCAAUAUGAACUAACUAAUGCUUUUUCCCAAAUCAAAACUCUCCUUGAUGAGACUAAUAAAUUAAUUUCUGACUUAGCUCCCUGA